CUCUUCUCUUUCCCCAUCCAAAAAAGGACUUUACUCCAGCAUUCUAACCCGAGAAAGACGAAUCCUUUACAACCAUGGCAGAAAACCCCGAUGUCCCAAAUACAAACAAGGCCUUUGUGCCACUCGAAAACAACCCUGAAGUAAUGUCCCACCUAGUCCACCAACUUGGCCUCGUCCCCACCCUUGGCUUCUCCGACGUCUUCUCAAUCGAAGAACCAGACCUGCUCGCCCUCGUCCCGCGGCCCUCGCACGCCCUCCUCCUUGUCUUCCCCGUUUCAAAAACCUACGAAUCCUCCCGUAUAGCCGAGGACGCGCCUCUUGCCGAAUACACCGGCUCUGGACCCGCCGAGCCAGUCAUGUGGUUCAAGCAAACCAUCCGCAACGCGUGCGGGUUGAUCGGUCUGCUGCAUGCCGUGUCCAACGGCGAGCCGCGGAGCCAUGUUCUCCCCGGGUCGGAUCUGGAAGCACUGCUUCGGGAUGCGGAGCCGCUCGCGCCAGGGCAGAGGGCGGAUCUGUUGUACGAAAGCAAGGCGUUGGAGAGUGCGCAUGCGGAUGCGGCGCGGUUGGGGGAUACAGCGGCCCCGCAGGCGGAGGAUAACGUGGACUUGCACUUUGUGGCGUUUGUGAAGGGGCAGGACGGACGGCUGUGGGAGUUAGAUGGGCGGAGGAAGGGGCCGUUGGAGCGCGGGAGGUUGGCGGCCGACGAGGAUGCGUUGAGUGAGAAGGCGCUGAAUCUGGGAGUGAGGCGGUUCUUGGAGACGGAGGCGAAGGGAGGAAAUCCGGAUUUGAGGUUUAGUCUUGUUAGUUUGGGGGAGGUGUUUGAUUGAUUGAUUGAUUGAUUUUUUCUUUUCUUUUCUUUUCUUUUCAUGUGGUGUUAUUGUUUUCUCUUCCUGGGUUUGUGAGGGUUUGCAUAUCAAGGUCAACAGGAUCCUUUGCAUCGGAUAG